AUGGCGUUUCCCGACCGAAGACAGCCAAGUCAUCCAAACUUUGGUGCUGUUUGUCAUCGCAUUAAAAAUAAAGCCAUUGAUGUCGAAGCCACCAUUCCUAAUUUGACUCAAGACAUAAACACUGAUACGGAAAAAGGGAAAGAACUAUUGAAGAAAACUAUAGAAGAAAUAAGGAAGUGUGGUGCAGAUGCAAAUCAGAAGGCGGCGGAUGAGAGAGCGUUCUCGUUCUUUUUGAAUCUGCACCAGUCGAGGGUAUGUGCUUGACAUUAAGU